GCCCAACAGUACGGGCGCCAAACUGUGAGUGAAACAGACCAUGGCUUGGAGUGCUUCGGCUUUACUCAUCACAAUACCUGUCAAUAUCUAAAAUUAUAUAUAACAAUCUGAUGAGGAUAUAAAGUGUCAAUCAUGGAUGAUGAAUUCAAACUUUGAAAAAGAUGGAGCCGAUGGAUAAAGCAUGAACAUUUUAGAGGAUUCUUUGGAUCUGUGUCUUAAGUUGUGUCUGGAGUCACCUGUGAUAUAUCGGCUUCCCAAAGGAAUCAAUGCAUCUGGACCCCAAUCCGCACUAUGAGUGUCCAACAGGCUGGCUUGAUUUCCCUGGGGCUUUUGGUCAUGUUGCAACACUGCGCAUGUGUCUGUAAUGUGACCUGCUCCACGGACUUCAUAGCCCGGUUAAACUGCUCCUGUUCAGCUCCUGGGCCCGUGGUACCCUGCAGGGUGGAGGCAGAAUGCUGGGAUACCGUGGAUUAUGUGAAUGGAAGCUGUGAAAUCAGUCCUCCGCAAACAUGGUGCCAAAUGGAACCCGAAGAUUUCGGUGACAUCAUUUCCAUUGGCAUCAAUUGCAUAGCAAGAGUGAAGUACCCCAAUGAGGAGAAAAAUGAGCGGGAAGACUACACACAUAUGAAACUGUACCAGCACAUCAGGCUACUGCCCCCCCUGAACAUGCAGCUGGCGGAAGACAGCGGGGUCUACAACUUCUCCUGGGAAAUGGCCUACACAGAGGAGGAGAACUAUUACCUGAUUCCCUACCUGAUGUACAGGGUUCGAAUACGAAAAGUAGAGGAACCGCUGAAGGAACCCGAGCUUUUCCUCGUGAAGGGCAACAGCCGGUUCCUCGCGGUUCCGCGGGGCCGCCUGCCGCCGGGGGCGGAGUACGCGGCGGACGUCCAGGCCACCGUGGACCCCGCCGUGUUCCAGGCCCAGUGGAGCGACUGGGGACCCGCCGUGACGUGGAAGAUCAAGAGUCAGGAUUAUAAAGGCAUGGAGCUUUACAUCAUCCUGCCGCUGGUUUCUCUGCUUUGGGUCUUCCUGUAUUGCUGCAGAAAAGUAGGAUGGCUGAAGAUGUGCUCGUGGCAGUACAUUCCCAGCCCAGAGGACUUCUUUAAACCACUUUACCACACGCAUCAGGGGGACUUCAAGAAUUGGGUUGGCCCAACAUUCACCCUCUGUGAGUUUGACUUUGUGGUGAACAGCCUGCCUGUCCAGGUGCUGGACAGGAAGCAGACGGGGGUCCUGGAGGGUCUGUGCGAGGGCGGCAAUGAGGUCGGCGUGGAAAGCGGGCGACCGGAAGCCGGCUCCUCCCUCGACCCCUCCUACAGCCUCGCCCACUCUGCCGGACACGUCUCCAUCCACACGGUGGUCGUGUCAGAGGACGACAGCCACUGCACCGGGGGGUCCCUGGGCCCGUACGGGGACUCCCAGAACUCCCUGGUCUACCGCGGGGGUGGCCUGGGAGACGAGGAGGGUCCGUUGGACGCGGAGACCGAAGGGGAAUGGGCGGGUUCGGGGGCGGCCAUGGAACGGGACGCCCUGUCAGGCCUGCCCGCCAUCCCGAUCCCGAGGGCCUACGGGAUGGAGUGGCGGCCGGUCGUCGGGGAUGACGAGCAGGAGCGGAUCUCUCUGGACUCCUUCGGCUCGGUCGAGCGCUCGGAGGACGGUUACCCAGCCGUGCAGCUGGACCUGGACACCAUCGACAGCGGGUUCCAGGAGCCGGACUGCAGCAGCCCUGUCGGGUCGGAAUUCAGCGGGGCGGAGCCGAGGGAGGGCGGGGCAGGCGACUCCCACACCAACUACAUCAAACAAUGGGUGGCCUUCACCUCAGCGGUGGGGGAGACAGGGGGGCGCCACUGACUGAGGGUGCUCCUUGUACAGCAGAGACAUGGGGUGACCCCAACCCACCCCCCAGUCUGACCAUCGAACCUAGUCUGGACUCCCGUUGCUUGGGUACAUGGUCACAUGGGGCCUCAUUUAUAAAAAUGUUCUUAGAUUUAUACUUGAACUUAGUCUUAAGAUCAUUUCCGACGGUGUGCUUACGUUCGAUUCAUAAAAGAUACUGAGGAUAAAAAACCUUGCUUACGUAGGUUCUAAGAAGCCCAUUUGUAACUUACGCACCAGUGAUCUAUAGAUCUCAAAUUAACUUAAAAUUGACGGCACCUGAACGUGCCUUACAAUCAGCGAUUUCCCCUUAUAUAAUGCUAACACAAAUGAGGGUUUCAUCAGGAAUGACCAUGGAGCAAAAGAGAAAAGCAAACUUUUUGGAAGACAAGAUCACGGCAAUGGUAGAGGAGAUUGAAGACAGGCAACACAUAUUAUUCUGACCUUAAACUGCAAGGGUGGGAAAAAAAUAGCCAUACAUAACCAGCAGGAAAAUCACUUACGUCAAGGCUAAACUUUGCGUACAGAUAAGAUCAUUUCCAUGUCAAAACAAGGUUUUAUAAAUAACUACGUAUACGUGGGUUUCUGCGUAAAUCCAAAAUUGAUCGUAAGUCCGUUUUAUAAAUGAGGCCCCAGGACUCUAAAAGUCAGGGUUGCAACAUAAUUCAGAGACAUUUUAUGUUGCCCUGCCUUGCUUUUGUUCCUGGAUGAUGAUUCCCUGACUUGUGUUUCACGCAGUUCUGCAAACCAGCUGCAUAGGGUGACUGUAUUUUUUAAUUCUGAUAUAUUUUCACACUGUCCCACUCCUGAAUGAGUAAUCCUUAAUUAAGUCUUGAAAUUGGUCUCGAUGCAGUAAGAAUCUCCUCUCUUUCCUCAAAUGUUCUCUAUCUGGAUGAGAAUGAAAGUAAAUGACCAUUUUGAUCCCAUUUUGAUCCCAAAAAAACAUAAAGCUGCAAGGUUUGCAUACUGCCCAUCACAUACUAAAAAAUGUGCAUAAAAAGUACACAGUAUGCUUCAUACAUGGUACGUAAUUUUAGCACACAGUAGUCAAGAGGCUGAUUUGGACAUAGCCUAAGGGUGUUUUCUAUGUGUGUCACCUCCUAUUUACAUCCCAGUGAAGUGGGAAAUCACGGAUGACUCAAAUGAACUUUAGAAUAUAAAUAACAACAUACUUCUAUUACAUUUAGUUCAUAAGAAUGAAUAAAGGUGCCAGUAAUUGUGACACACAGAUUUUUGAAUGCAGAGUUCUGGAUACAGUUUUUUUUUUUAUUGGAAUAAGUUUACCUCAAAGUUUAGAUUUCUUUCAAAUUUUGAGUGCAAGAUCAAGUUGAUAAACAACAGUGACCUUUUUAUGGCCUUUCUCCUUAUCUUAAGCAAAGGUCAGCACUAGUCCAGAGGGUUUUGUAUGUUUUCCAUUUACUGUAUAUGAUUCAUGAAGUAUAUAACUGAGAACCUCAAGGCAUUUGAAGUGUUAAUACUGUAAAUAAAUGUGAUAGCACAUCUGUCUGA